UGGGCUUUCUGUGGGUACACCGGCCACACUGGUAGGGGCCCCAAGAGGGUGACCUCACACCGCACUCCACCGCUUCCCUCCCCAGGCUCCCCAAGGCUAGAGGAACAGCCUGGAUCAGGGGCCUGUGUGGUGUGUGAUCUGCACACAGCCCUUCUCUGGGGGCUCCCUUGGGCUCCAUUCACACCAGAGAGGCAGCAGAAGAGAGGGGACAAGCAGAUCCAACAGCCUGGACUCUAGGAGAGUAAGGGCAUCGCCUCCUUCGGUGAAGGACACUCCCUUCUGAUGGAGAAUGGAAACUCCCUUCUUCCUGCAGCAGCCGGCCUGCAGCGGCCCUGGUAGGACGGCGUGGACGCCCUAGGCUGUCACAGCUGCCCGUCGCCCCAGAAGGAGGGUCCCCAGAGCCAAAGCACAGAGAGCCGCAGUCACCGGGAGGUUCAGAUUGCCAGCUCGGGGCUGCAGCGCGGUGACAGUGACAACGCAGAGCAGCCCAGACCGGGUGGAUUCUCUUUCCCCUCGGCCGGAGAGGGGCGCAGCCCUCAGCCUGCAAGCUCUUCGGCCUCGACAGCGCCUGGCAGCAGCUGCUGAACCAUGGCUGAAGGGGAAAUCACCACCUUCGCGGCCCUCAGGGAGAAGUUUAACCUGCCUCCGGGGAACUACAAGAAACCCAAACUCCUCUACUGCAGCAACGGGGGCCACUUCCUGAGGAUCCUUCCAGAUGGCACUGUGGAUGGGACCAGGGACAGGAGCGACCAGCACAUUCAGCUGCAGCUCAGUGCGGAAAGCGUGGGGGAGGUGUAUAUAAAGAGUACCGAGACUGGCCAGUACUUGGCCAUGGACACCGACGGGCUUUUGUACGGCUCACAGACACCAAAUGAGGAAUGUUUGUUCCUGGAAAGGCUGGAGGAAAACCAUUACAACACCUACACGUCCAAGAAGCACGCCGAAAAGAAUUGGUUUGUUGGUCUCAAGAAGAAUGGAAGCUGCAAACGCGGUCCUCGGACUCACUACGGCCAGAAGGCGAUCUUGUUUCUCCCCUUGCCAGUCUCCUCUGAUUAAAGAAAUCUGUUCUGGGUGCCGACCAGUCCAGAGGAGCCUGAAGGGGUCCUCACCCCCCGGCCCCAGAUUGUUCCCUUGAUCAUCGGCUGCGCUAACCCCUGGCCCACUGAGCCUGAAUUUAUAAUGCGCUUCUCAAUGCCCAGUUCACUUCUUUGUAGAGCCCUUCACCCUGGCACAGUUUGGAACAGAGGGACCGAAUGGCUUUUAGGGGCCAACUGGCCAGACAGUCUGGGUCUGGUUUAGAAGUCCAGUUGCCUCUGGGCAUCUACUGCAGGCUGAGCCUCUCAAUGCAAGGGCAGGGCCAAGUGAAGUGUGUACGGGGGGCGGGCUGCCAAAUGGGUUGUUAGUAACUGCAUGCAACUCCCUCUGCAGAGUAAACCCCGUCUGCGAGUCCCCCAAACAUCUGGCAUGACUCCCUUUCUUCCUCUCACGCAUAUUAGCAGAGACACUUAUGGCUAGAUUAGCGGAAGGCAGCUUUCCAUGAGUGGAAAGAAGGAUGAAGAAAUCCCCUCUCGGGAACAGAAGGGAUUGAAAUGGCGCGGGGAGACUGACUGGAUUCUAGUGGACAGUCUAGAGGGAUGAAGGCUGGGAGGCUCAGGCACAGGAGAGCAGAAUGAAUGCACAACCUUGGGAGCUGUUUCGAUGCCCUGACUUCCCCAAGGUUCUCUGGCAGCAGGAAGCCCCCGGCUGAUGCUGGGGGAGAGCAGGAGGUGCGGGUUCCUGAGAAAAGCAAGGACAUCGGGUGUUGGGAAAUUCAUUUGGGUCUGAGGAGUGGGUGCAAGAGUGAUAAGAAAGAAAGGGAAACAUGGGCUGGGGGGAGGUUAUCAUCUAAAUAAAGAGGAUGAUUCUACAAGUGAGACAGAAAAAGAAAGGGACGUCACAACCCGUGCUUGGCCACCAGAAAGCAGAGGCUUUGGGGUCCUGGGGCAGUGCUUACAAAUCAUAUGGGCAUCUCGAUUGACCGCAGAUUCUGGUUCAGUGGGUCUGGGGUGGACUUUUCCCGUUUCUAACAAGCUCCCAGGUGCUGGAGACGCUGCUGCCUCCCUCACCAUACUUUAAGCAAGGUCCCCGAAAGUGUUAUUCAAAUGAAGGGGGCUCAAACGCCAGCCCUCCCCAGCCACGCCCGUGAAGCCACACACCCGUGGGUCUUCCGGGGCACUCAGACGGCUCGGGCAGCCGUGCCUGUGUUACGUGUUAAGGGGCCUGGGUUUAAGGCGCUUUGGCCCCAUGUCUCCAAAAUGCCCAUUUAGAAGAUAAACCAAAGCAUACUUCAGAAACGUUAACCCCUCACAAACAGCUUUUCCCAAAAGGCCAUUUGUGUUACCAUUACUUGUAUAAAUGUGCUUCCUGCUUAAAGUGAACUUGACCCGAGCGGCUAGCAAAUUAGAAACACCAUUCAUCUCUGACAUGAUACUGUUGCCACAUAAAGGCCUUUAAUAAGCCAUUUAAACUUCCUGUGAGACUGUACGCUUAGUCACGCUUAAAAAUACAUCCUCAAAGGCAGUUAGACUGAUCAGCGUGCAGCCACUGAGAACGACAAUAGGACAUGACGUAUAAGCUCAAUCAUCUGCUGCUUAGACCACCUUUUCCUAUAAAAUGAGAUUUUUCUCUGUUUCUUGCUGUGCUAUUAUCAACUCUCCUUUGAAAAUGGGGGGCUCUUAAGCAGUGAUGUAAUUCUGGAGAAAAACUGCUGAGAGUGUUAGCUCGUGCUUUCUAAUGAACUGAAGUCAUUAUUAAUUGAAAGGUAACUCGUUAGUAAUUGGACUGUCUAUUCUGAGUGGAAGAAAACUGACAAUCUGUGAAAGCUCAAAGUGACACUGCAACUGAGGGACCGAACCAAGUUAACACUACGGUUAACAGUAUCUUUCUGCAUUUGUACAGCAAGUUUUAUUUCAUCACUUUUUUUUUUGUUUUGUUUUUGUAACUUGGAUAAGACGAUUCUUAUUUUGUUUUAGUAAAUCUUUGCAGGCAAGUUGGGGAUAGUGCAGUGCGGCCUGACAUCUCUUUACUAUGAAGACUUGGCCAGAAAAAGGUACCCAGAGAGGAAAUCCAAGAUAUUUAUAAUGGCCCAUAACUUUUAGUGUAUGAAUCAAAUUCAAGUGUAACAUUGGCCAAGGAAAAUUAAAUACUGCGGCUAACAGAUGAGACGGAAGUCUGUGGUUUCAGAGACCCAAAGCGUUUAGAAGAAACACUACUGUGACCUUGACAACCUCAGCCCAGUCAUUAUUCAUGUAUUCGUUCAAUGAAUAUUAAGUGCCAACUGUGUGCCAGGCACUGGCCUGGGUACUAGGGCCCCUGGGAACCUUGUCUGUCUGGUUUGCUGCUGUCUUCUCUCCCAGGGCAUUAUAUUUAUGGUGAAGGAUUCAUUUCUUUCAGUCAAGUAAAAAAAAGAGACCGUGGGUUCCUGCUGAAUGAACAGCAAGUCCCAGAAACCAAGGUUUUGGAAGAAUUAGCAACCCGCAGCAUACAAGAAACCCCUAUGGAAAUGUGAGAGGACGCGGCAAGGUAAACCUAACACUUCACCUGCAAGCCCAUGUCAGUUCAGGGGGACCACUUUCCAAAAAGGAAGGCAGGCUGUCUGAUCUUGUAAGAAAGGAGCGGCCGGUGGUUCCCUGCCCCGUUCUGAGCAUGUUCCUUACACAUGGAGCAUUCCUGUUGCUCUCCCUCCCGCUUGAGGAAGUCUUGGAGCCAUCCGCCUGCCGUGUGGCCAACUGUUACGAGUUGCCUGACAUUCUGUACGAAGCACCAGGCAUUUCGAUGGUUUUCAGUGUGGUGGUGGAGGUGGUAGGGAUGUGUUUCCUUGGAAGGGAUGAUAAUUAAAGCCUCCUACGGCCAACAGCGUGCACUUACAAAACACUGACUGGAGCAUCACGUGUUACUGAAGAUCAGGGUCCUCGCUUCGUGUUGGAGGCAACGGAGCCCAGGUCCUCAGCCUUGUACAGUGCACUGCUUAAACCAACCGAGCUCCUAGGCUGCAAAGCAGACCUCUGAAGAAGAUGCCUGCCGUUUUUCAUCACCAUCUCUCUUUUUUUUGCACCCUAAAAAUGCUAAUAAAUGUUCCACUUCUAGGUGAUAA